AUGACAAAAUCGAAUGUGAUAAUGGUAAUAUUGUUGGUGAUGAUUGCUGCAAUAGGAGGAGAAGCACGACAUAAACAUAGAAAGACUUGGAUAGGUUGCUUUAGGUAUUGUUCUCGCAGCUGUAGCGAGUACGAUGGAAAUUGCUUUGAACAUUGUAAGAUCAAAUGUGGUGGUCCUACUCCUCCAAAAACUAAUUCAAGGUAG